AUGGCCCAAUUGAAGAAAUUGCACAUGACCGACAACCUUGAUACCCUGGGCCAGCUGUCCAACAUAGCGAUAGACCUGCGCGGCAAGAGCACGAAAAUGUUACUCCUCACUGCUCGCAAACUCUUUAUGACGGCGGAGGAGUAUCGACUAGAUGGCGACGAGGAGAUGGCCUACAUCAGCUACAUGAAGUACUUCAAGGUGAUAACGGCCAUUCGCCAGAAGCCUGACUACCAGAGCCACAAAGUGCAGGUGAAGGAGGCGCUGGGCGACACCGAAGCGAAUCGUCGAAUUAUGGACUCCCUCGAGCUGAUAACCGACUCGCUCUCAAUGCGCUACAGCAAACUGCAGAAGCAGACGACCGCCCUGCAUAGCCAGCCAGAGCCAAUCAGAAAUGGUGGCUGCAAGGCGCUAAAGAGCGCCACGUCCUCCACACAAGCCACAGAGUAUACUCGAUUGGGCGUCGUCUCGUGCCAGGAGCUGUUCGAGCGAAUGCAUGAGAAAUCCGUGCUGGUAAUGGACUGUCGUUCCAGUGCCGACUACGAGAAGUCCCACCUCACCUACGUCUGUGCAUUCAAUGUGCCCGAAGAUCUAAUAACUCCAGGAAUGUCGGCUGGCAAAUUGCAGGCUCGGCUCAGCAGCAGCGCCAAGGCCUCGUGGGCGUCUCGCUCCAUCAAGGAUUCGGUGGUGCUGAUGGACUGGAACAGCAAGGAUGCCCAGCCGGCGGCAAAUACAGCGAUUGCCACGCUCCUAGACAUACUCAAAAAUUGGGACCCCGAUGUCACCUACCGCGCGCCCAUACAGAUCGUGGAGGGUGGCUACGAGUACUUCAUCAUGAUGUACCCCACGCACUGCACCAAUCCUAGUGUGCAGGCGCCGCAGCAGAACAACAACGACAUCGAGACCAUUGACGACAUCGAGUAUCCGUCGAUCAGCGACAUUACCAUGAAAGAGGACAUCAGUCCGCGUGACUUUAGGCCUCGCCCGGAUAUCAAUCGGGCCAGCAAGCAGGCGGCACUGCGCACCUACGACCAGGCCAAGCCCAUUGCCGAGAUCAUGCGCGACCAGGCAGAGUUCCUGCAGCGGGCCAAGCACAACGACGAGCAGCUGGACAAUGCAGCCAAGAUGUGGAAGAGGCUCAUCCAGCAGAAGAGUCCCUCGAGCGACUUAAGCGAGUCGGAUCGGCAGCUGCUCUACAAGAUCCUUCAGCUGGAAAACCAAGCCGAGGAUUAUAAAAUUGAAAACAAUCGCCUGCGCGAUGAUGUUGAGCGCUUAAAGACGUCCCAGACGGUGGCACCGCAGGAGGUGAGCCCCAACGAGGUGGAGGCCACGAGGCGCAUCGAAUGGGAGAUUCAGCAGCGACAGCGGCGGGACGAACAGUACGAGCGCCAACGCCAGGAGCGGGAGCAGCAGCUGGCCAUUGCCCGAGAGGCCAAGAAGCAUUACAAGCCACCGUCGCCACCGCCAGAAGAUGCGUCGCAAAACAUUGAGUCUCUCGUCAAGCCCACCACCAAUGGUGAUGCCGAUUUGGACCUGGUCUUGGAAGAGAGUCUGGCCUUGCAAGAAAGUCUGGUGUUUGACGACGGUCAGGCCGAGAAGCCCACGUUCGAUCGGACAACGAAGCCGACGUCGAGGCCCAGGAGUGUGGAAAAGACAGUGUCACGGGCUCGUGAUUUCUCGCCCGUUGAGGGGCCCAGUAUGGGAAAAGGUCUCACGGGAUUGAAGAACCUGGGUAAUACCUGCUACAUGAACAGCAUUCUGCAGUGCCUGAGCAACACGCCACAGCUGACGGAGUACUGCAUAUCGGACCAGUACAAGAGCUACAUCAGUCGCAGCAACAAGACGAAUGGCCAGGUCAUCGAGGAGGUGGCCGCACUCAUCAAGGUGCUGUGGAAUGGCCAAUACAAGUGUGUGGCCAGUCGGGAUCUAAGGUAUGUGGUGGGACAGUACCAGAGGAUAUUUCGCGGCGUUGACCAGCAGGAUUCGCACGAGUUCCUCACCAUUCUAAUGGACUGGUUGCACUCUGAUCUGCAGACGCUCGAUGUGCCGCGGAUACGCGAGACCAUCGGUGCGGCCGAGAAGGCUUGGCUGGACUUUACCAAGGCCAAGGAGAGCAUGAUAUUGCAUUUAUUCUAUGGUCAAAUGAAGAGCACCGUCAAGUGCGUGGCCUGCCACAAGGAGUCGGCCACGUACGAGUGCUUCUCGAAUCUCAGCCUCGAGCUGCCGCCCAACGCGAACGAGUGCCAGCUGAGUCAGUGCAUGGACAUGUACUUCAGUGGGGAGCGCAUCCACGGCUGGAAUUGUCCCAAUUGCAAGACGAAGCGGGAUGCAAUCAAGAAGCUGGACAUUUCCAAGCUGCCACCCGUGCUGGUUGUGCAUUUGAAGCGCUUCUAUGCAGAUACCAGCAACACGGGUGCGUAUGUGAAGAAGCAAAACUAUCUGAACUUUCCCCUGCAGAACCUGGAAAUGAAUCCGUAUAUAGCACGAGCCGAGUCGCGUGCUGGGACGCCCAAGACCUACCAGCUGUAUGCCGUCUCAAAUCACUACGGCAGCAUGGAGGGCGGCCACUACACGGCCUUCUGCAAGAGCGCACAUUACAGGCGCUGGUUUAAGUUUGACGAUCAAGUGGUCUCAUGUCUAGAAACGCCGAAUGUCGUCUCGAGUGCCGCCUACAUUCUCUUUUACACCUGGCUACCGCCCCUGCAGCCACUGUAAAUAGUGUCGGUCUGUCUGCCUUCCGUUUGUUUUUAUCCAUCAUGUUUGUUUUCUUCGGUUUAAGCUGGUUUUUGAUGGGCAGAUUCUAAGUUCUAGUCGCUUCACCCCCAAUUACCGCCUAAUUGUUGCUAUCUAUUGUUGUCUAGAACCAUUGCCGGAUUAAAAGUAUUAGGAAUAGGAAUAUAGGAGUGUAAAUGCAGGUGCAUUUUCUACUCUACGGGUGGAUGCGAUGCGAUUCACACAUUCACCGAUACUAAGAUAACUUCAAGUGCAUUAUGGGUGUAUAACAAAGAGCAGACAUAGUGUAGACACUUCGUGUAUUUUAUUAUAUUUAACAAGCAUAUUUUUAAACCAAAUAAACGAAAUAAAAUUUC